AGGCAGAUUGUGUGUGUGUGAGAGAGAGAGAGGGUUUGAUCGGCGUUCUGACUGCGUGUAGCGCAGACGGAAUACUGAGGCGGCCCCUGCGGUGCGAGAAAACCGCUUCAUUCGGCUCCAAAGAGGAUUUUAAAUAAGGGGUUCGGGUUCGCGGCUAAGGAUCGCGGAUCUCUGUUCCAUUUCUAUCCCCUGCUGCGGGAUGAGACGCUGAGGACAGGGACGGGAGCACCGCUGGAAGGAGCCGCGUUGAGCUCGGCAACAAAGAGCGCGCAGGGAGGUUGCUGCUGCUGCCCGCUGAGGACGCGUCAAGUUAUUCCCAACAAGCACAAAGUCGUCCUUUCCUCGCCAUGCCGCUGCGCAGGCUGCUCCGCGCCGCUUUCCCUUUGCUGCCGCUCCUCCUGCCGGCGAUCCUCAGGGCAAACGCUCAGUACGGCGGCGGGGAGCGAGGAAUGUCUAUCCCGGAGCACGGCUUCUGCCAGCCCAUCUCCAUCCCGCUGUGCACGGACAUCGCCUACAACGAGACCAUCAUGCCCAACCUGCUGGGCCACACCAGCCAGGACGACGCGGGCCUGGAGGUGCACCAGUUCUACCCGCUGGUGAAGGUGCAGUGCUCGCCGGACUUAAAGUUCUUCCUCUGCUCCAUGUACGCGCCCGUGUGCACGGUGCUGGAGCAGGCGCUGCCGCCCUGCCGCUCGCUGUGCAACCGCGCGCGGCAGGGCUGCGAGGCGCUCAUGAACAAGUUCGGCUUCCAGUGGCCCGACAGCCUCGCGUGCGAGAAGUUCCCGGUGCACGGCGCCGAGGAGCUGUGCGUGGGCCAGAACAUGACGGAACACGCGGAGCCCGAGAGGCCCGGAGGAGCCCACCCCACCAAGCACCUCCCGCCCGAGACCACGCACGGCCAGUUCCGGUGCCCGGCCUCGCUCACCGUGCCCCCCUACCUGAACUACCGCUUCCUCGGCCAGGAGAACUGCGGCGCGCCGUGCGAGCUGAAGAAGUCCCACGGAAUGAUGUACUUCAGCGAGGAGGAGCUGAAAUUCGCGCGGAUAUGGAUCGGGAUCUGGUCCAUCCUGUGUUGCGCUUCCACGCUGUUCACGGUGCUGACCUACCUGGUGGAUAUGAAGCGCUUCAGCUACCCGGAGCGGCCCAUAGUCUUCCUCUCCGGCUGCUACACCAUGGUGUCCGUCGCCUACAUUGCUGGAUUCCUGCUGGAAGACAAGGUGGUUUGCAACGACCGCUUCGACAACGACAUGAGGACCGUGGUGCAGGGCACCAAGAAGGAGGGCUGCACCAUCCUCUUCAUGAUGCUCUACUUCUUCAGCAUGGCCAGCUCCAUCUGGUGGGUCAUCCUGGCCCUCACCUGGUUCCUGGCCGCGGGGAUGAAGUGGGGCCACGAAGCCAUCGAGGCUAACUCCCAGUACUUCCACCUGGCGGCCUGGGCCGUUCCCGCCAUAAAGACCAUCACCAUCCUGGCGGUGGGUCAGGUGGACGGCGACGUGCUCAGCGGGGUCUGCUUCGUGGGCAUCAACAGCGUGGACGCCCUGCGCGGCUUCGUCCUGGCGCCGCUCUUCGUCUACCUGUUCAUCGGCACCUCCUUCCUCCUGGCCGGGUUCGUGUCCCUCUUCCGCAUCCGGACCAUCAUGAAGCACGACGGCACCAAGACGGAGAAGCUGGAGAAGCUGAUGGUGCGCAUCGGGAUCUUCAGCGUGCUCUACACGGUGCCGGCCACCAUCGUCAUCGCCUGCUACUUCUACGAGCAGGCCUUCCGCGAGCGGUGGGAGAAGACGUGGGUCAGCCGGUCGUGCAAGACGUACGCCGUGCCGUGUCCCGUCCAGAGCCAGCGCGACAUGAGCCCGGACUUCACCGUCUUCAUGAUCAAAUACCUCAUGACUCUCAUAGUGGGCAUCACGUCUGGCUUCUGGAUCUGGUCCGGUAAGACGCUGAACUCAUGGAGGAGGUUUUACACGAGACUGGCCAACAGCAAGCAGGGGGAAACCACCGUGUGACCCGCUCUGCCUCACCCGCUCAUCCCCUCUCAGUAUUUGUCCUCUUUUGAAAUAUGUCUGGACCCACCAGAGACCUUCACUCUGUUUUAUUGUACAUAUACGUUUGUGAGAUUUAAAAAAUAUAUAUAUAUAAAUAUAUAUUUGUAUUUAAAGGCAAAAAAAAGCAGUCCUUAAAAAAAAAAAUCCAUCUUUUUCAUGUUUGGAAACGAAUCUAAAAAUCACAAAGAGCCAGCUGACCGUUCUGAGGAACCCUGAUGUCUCGUGACCUGACUUACUGUGGACCCCCGCUGGGAGCCCUUCACACGCGGGGCUUGUGUGGGACUGGUGAGCGCAGGGUCGACGCUAAACACACAAUCCCGUGAAAACCCAAGUGCUUCCUCGUGGCCGCCCCUCAGCCAGCCCAACCCUGAGCCUGAGGAGGCGAGCCGCGGCUCCUGGAGGCUUCACGCCGGCCGCGUAGGGCUGCAGGCGCGGCGUGAAUGUGAGUCACAGAGACGGACGCUUCUGGACCGUGUGUGUAACGGGCCUUCACAGACGUAACAUUCCUCUCGGAAAAGGAGAAAAAAAAAGGCACACAUUCUCAUGCAAAUGGAGCAGGGUUAGUGCUGCAGCGCUCCAGCUCUCAGCCAGCGUGGCGCUGUUUGGUUGGAUUUCUCCUGUUUUCAGUGUUCUUCUUCUUUUUUUUCUUUUUUUAUAUACUUGAUGUUCUUGUGCUUGAUUUCUUUAGUUGUCCUGUUGUUCGAUCACACGGAGAUUUUCCUAAUAAGUGCCAAAUGCCUUCCUCUGUGAAGAUCCAGCAGUAGCAGGAGAAACCGCAGCGACACUAAAAGAAGGGGACAUUUGACUAGAAAUAGUUCAGGAAAAAAAACAGAGCCCUCUAUGUAGGAGUUUUGAUGCAGAUUAGAAUGGUUCUAAGGUUUUUAAUGCUAAAUAAAACUAUACGGUUCUCUAUUGUGAGUAGCACAGCUACGUUAAAGGUAAGCUGAGACUGGUCAGUUCAGCAGGGUCCACCUUUUCCAACCACUUUGGUCGCUUUGUGCCCGACUGCUUCUGCUUUUCAAACGGUGCCAUUUCCUGUUGGACGUUCUGCAGCCGUCCGUUUUGAUAUAAAACAGGAGAUGUGGUGAAAUGUCCUGAUCAGAGGUCAGCAGAUGACCUAUUCAGCUUUCAGUGCCGAAUGGGCAUCAGAAUCAAACUAAAUUGGACUAAAGGAACGUUUUCAGAUAAUUAUAUAUGAGAUAAAAGCACAUAAAUCUCCAAUAAUUCUGUGACCUCUAGAAGGUUACUGGGGACAAAGCGGCCUGUCUGCAGGUAUGAAGUCGAAUCAGGAAGGAAAAUGAGGCAUUAAUUCACUAAAACCAUUUAAUUAAUAAUUUCAUAACUAUAAAAAAAGAAAACCACCCGAUCUUCCAAAAUUGUAGAUCGUUUAUUCUACAGGGAUGGAAACCGAAGCAUGACUCAGAAUCAGAACAACGUUAAACCGUUCAUAGGCUUCAGUGAAAUAAGAAAAUAAAGUCAAAAAGCAGCACAACCUCAACGUUGCUCUGAAGAGCUGCAAAAAUGGCCAAAUUAUUAUUAUUAUUCAGUUUUCACACAACCUCAGCAGGGCAUCUAAAAGAUUAAUACAGACUGGUUUCAGAAUAAUGUUGCAUUUUUAAAGCACAAGCGAAAACCAGCCACUUUUUUCAGGACUUUAUAGCUUUCGUAGUCUUUUUAGCCCUUUAUUUGAUGUGAAAAUAGGCAAAGAUAAUAACUGGUGGUUUAAUUGUUAUCUGAGGCAAAAAAAAAAAAAAAAAAGUUGGAUUUGCAGAAUGAUUAAUGCAGCUCGCUGUGCAGGUGUGAUCAGCAUGAAAAGCCGUAUUUUUUUUUUGUAAGGGAGAAGAUGUUUUGUAAAGUCAUUCAGGUUUGCGAAGAAAACAAAAGGCAGCAGACUCCCUGUUUUAUUCUGGCCACGCGUCAGACGGACCCAGACCCCAGGAUCCUCCACCGCCAUCCGCUCUGAGAGGACGUUCUGCCGGGUGAUGGGAUCCAGAUGUCCGAGGGGCGAUGGCUGUCCGCCGCUGACCCUCGGCUCUGUCUGCAGUGACUGGGGCGGGGGCCCGUCUCAUUAAUAUGUACUAUUGUUCUCCACUUGGAAGUUGAAUGUUUGUGUUGGGAGGGGAGGGCUGAUUGUGGCCAACAUGGCUGCGCUGUAGGACUGAGGAGCAGCCGCUGCAGAAAGGAGGCCUUGUGAUGGAGGAGCAGAGAGAGCGGGGCGGCUGCUCUCUGCGCUGCCCCGCUCUCUCUCUCUCUCUCUCUCUCUCUUUCUCUCUCUCUCUCUCUCUCUCUCUCUCUCUCUCUCUCUCUCUCUCUCACACAUUUCAGGACUGUGCCCCCCCCCCCCCUCCUCGUCGGAUCCUCUUCCACAUGGUGCUUCCCAUUCCUAACACUUCUUUUAUUGUGUGACGUGUCUACAGUUGUCACAGCUUUGAAGUCAUUUCUUUACCUUUGCUAUGAAGAGAACAUUUUAUAUUUAUAGAAAAGAUUCUUAUAUAAACACACGCGACAUUGAUUUGUUUAUGAGAAUAAAAACAAACUCACCAAUGCAACAGAUGA